GUUGCCAGUGCAACGCAAAGUAUUAUCAGACAACUUAUCGAUAGUUGUUGAAUAUACUAAGAUACAAUACACAACUUAAGUUUAUUUUGUUUGUUUUUGUUUCUAAUAAUAAUGCAACUUGCCUGACACCUAGCAACACAAUGGUGCGAGUUUUGUUUUUGCAUCCAGAUUUGGGAAUAGGAGGCGCCGAACGUCUCGUCGUGGACGCCGCCUUAGCGUUGAAGGAACGUGGCCACGAGGUCAGCUUUCUGACUAAUCAUCACGAUAGCACGCACUGCUUUAAGGAAACAGCUGACGGCAGCUUUCCCGUACAGACUGUCGGCGAUUGGCUGCCACGCAAGCUCUUUGGGCGUUUCUAUGCAAUUUGUGCUUAUGUUCGAAUGAUCUAUGCGGCGUUCUAUGCCAGCUUCUUUAUGCCCGAGCGUAGCCAAGUUGAUGUGAUUGUCUGUGAUUUGAUUUCCGUGUGUGUGCCAAUAUUGAGACUGGCUAGCCAUCGUCCACGUGUCCUUUUCUAUUGCCAUUAUCCUGAUCAGUUGCUGAGCAGUCAAGCUGGCCUACUAAAGCGUUUAUAUCGGACGCCCCUUAAUUGGCUGGAGGAGCAGACCAUUGGACAGGCGGAUAAGGUAUUAGUGAACUCCAAGUUCACAUUGCGGGUCUUCCAGGACACAUUCCGACGGCUACGGGUCGUACCCGACGUACUCUAUCCUUCCUUGCAUACCCAAUAUUUUGAUCAAAUGGAGCGAAAGCUUGAGCAGCGUUCAGCAUUGUUGGAUGAGCCAGUGCAUCCGCGUGUGCCACGCAAUUCGUUCAUCUACCUGGACAUCAAUCGCUACGAACGCAAGAAAAACCAUGCACUGGCCUUGCAUUCCCUGGGCCUGCUCCGGGACUUGUUGCCCUCACCGGACUUCAAGAGAUGUCGCUUGAUCAUUGCGGGUGGCUAUGAUACCCGUUGCACAGAGAAUGUAGAGCAUUUCGCAGAGCUGGAACAACUGAUAGCAGAGUUGCAUUUAGAAGAUCAUGUAGUGCUGUUGCGUUCGCCCACAGACGAGGAAAAAUGCAAUCUGUUGUAUGCCGCGCACUGUCUGCUCUACACGCCGGAGAACGAGCACUUUGGGAUUGUGCCGCUGGAGGGCAUGUAUUUCUGCAAGCCAGUAGUAGCGCUGAACAGUGGUGGACCCACGGAAACGGUUGUGCACUCUUCCACUGGAUUUCUCUGUGAAAAGCAGGAGAAGAGCUUUGGCGGCGCCAUGCAUCAGCUGUUCAAGGAUGAGGCCUUGCGCUUGAAGAUGGGCGAACUGGGUCACAAGCGAGUGCAGCAGAAGUUUUCCUUCGAGGCAUUUGCGGACCGUCUCAAUGAGAUUGUCCAGGAGUUGCUGAACAACAAGAAAAACGAGUGAAUAAAUGUGCAAAAGCAGCAUUUGAGGAGGUGUCUAAUUGAAGUGAACUGGGGAGCUGAGGAGAAGCAAAGCAGAUUAG